AUGGUUGACUCUGCAAGUUCAAGUUCUGUUAAUAAAGAACCAUUUGCUAUACAAAACAACCAGAUAACCAGUGAAUCUGAUCAAGGUUAUAAAAAAAUUACAUCUAAAGAUGCUGAUGCUACUUUAAAGUUUCAAGAAGAGUAUGAUUCACAAGUACCUGAAAUUACACCUCAACAAGAAGCAAAAUUAUCAAGAAAAGUAUGCUGGUUCAUCAUCUCAUUUGCUGCUUUGGUUGAUUUAUUGGUUUAUAUGGAUAAAGCUGUUUUAUCUUAUGCAUCUUUAUUCAAUUAUUGGGAAGAUGUUGGAUUGGAUCAAGGAAGAUAUAAUAAUAUUAAUACAUUAUUUUAUAUUGGGUUUCUUGUGGGGCAAAUACCUGGUAAUUAUUUGAUUUUAAAAUUACCAGUUGGUAGAUUUUUAUUUAUAUUGGUUUGUGUAUGGACUAUUAUUUUAUUUUUAAAUUGUGUUGCAUUACAUUAUUCAGGUAUUUUAGUUUUAAGAUUCUUUUUAGGUCUUGUUGAAUCACCAAUUAUUCCAUUAUUAAAUGUUACAUUAGCUCAAUUUCUUACAGCAAAUGAAAAAGCAGCAUCAAGUCCACUUUUCUUUAGUACUUGUCUUGGUGUUACAAUUCCAACUGGAUUUAUUGCUUAUGGUGUUAUGUUUAUUAAAAGUUCAGUUGCAUUAUGGAAAAUUUUCACAAUUAUUAUUGCAUCAAUGACAUUUUGUUUAGCUAUCCUAGUGUUUUUCUUUUAUCCAAAUAAUCCAGCAACUGCUAAAUUUUUAACUUUAGAAGAAAGAAUUUGGACAAUUAGAAGAGUUCAAAAAACAACUGGAUCUGCAAUUGAACAGAAAUUUUUCAAAAAAUAUCAAUUUAUUGAAUGUUUAAAAGAUCCAAUUACUUGGUUAUUCUUUACUGCGAUGUUAUUUUAUAAUUUAGCAAAUAAUUUAACUUUCCAACAAAAUUUAUUAUUUACAGGUAUUGGUGGUGUUUCUAAUUUAGAUUCCACUUUAGUUAGUGUUGCUUCAGGUGGGUUUUCAGUUGUUUGUUGUUUAAUAUCAUCAGUUAUUUUAUUAAAAGUUGAUAACAUGUCUGCUUGGUCAAAUGUUAUUUGGAUUAUUCCAUCAUUUAUUGGUUCAAUUUUAGCUAUUGCAUUACCAUGGGAUAAUAAAGUUGGUCUCUUGGCUGUUGUUUGUAUGUCUGCACCAGUUUUCGGUCUUCCAAUGAUUUUAACAAUUUCUUGGGGGUUCACAUCAUGUUCAGGUUAUACUAAAAAAGUUACAAGAAAUGGUGUAUUAAUGGCUGGUUAUUCAGUUGGUAAUUUAAUUUCACCACAAUUAUGGGUUGGUGCUCCACGUUUCUAUGUUGCUUGGAUUAUUCAACUUGUUUUAAGUUUCACAGCAGCUCCAGCUAUUUGUAUUUUAAUUUGGUUCAUUUUGAGAAAACGUAAUAUUAAAAGAAGAGAAGCAAUGAAUGAAGAUGAAAAAGUUGGUGUGAUUCAAGAUAAAGAAGGUAAUGAAGUCGUUGUCAAUGUUGCAGCUUUGGACUUGACUGAUUGGGAAAAUAAAGCAUUCAUAUAUCCUUUAUGA